AUGGUCCGCGGAAGCGAGAGACAGGAAAUCCAAGACUUGGCCGAGAGAGCGAACGACACGGAUUUGUCCGGAGACCAACGAAACAUUUCGUCUCAGCUUUUUUCUGUGUGUCUCUGUCUGUGUGUCCCCUCCGCGGCUCUACCUCUUUCUCCCUCCGUCGCGGGCCAACAACCUCUCCUAGAUCCGGACUCGACUCCGAUCGCAGACAACUUGACACAACAGCAGGCAGUCCGCUCUUCGAGCACCGCUCUUCAUCAGGCGCGUGUUUCGGAGGAGGGCGAGGGAGAGAGGUACGGACUACGGCCGACAGGCUUCACCCUGAUGCUGAAUUUUUUUCUCGCACUUUUCUUAACCUUUUUGCUUUCUUUGGGUGGUUCGCCCGUGGGACCGACGGGAUGCUGUGGAAAAAGUACGGAUACUUUACGCUUCUUUUUCUUCUGCGUCGUUCGCCAAGCUUUGGUCUUUAUCUAG